AUGAACCAAUAUUUUCAAUCAGAACAUGUAGUUAUAAACACUUUAAAUGAAAAGAUGGAACUGGUUUGUACAGACUUAUUAUUAUGUUAUAUGAAAACUCCACUACAUUUAAUCAAUCCGAAUGAUGAAAAUCAAUUUUUAAGUACUUCUACAGUUUACUUAGGUGUUAAGGUUCUAAAUCAAAUAAAAAUAUCUGCUAUUCAACAAAGAAAAGAUUUACUUAAAGAAUUUUCCAAUAGAUUUAUUAACUUUAUUAAAACUAGUUGCUUACAAAUUAAUAAAAGAUAUGAUUUUUCAAAUACAAUACUUCCUUUAGUUAAUAUGUUGACACCAUCGGUUGCACUCUCUUCAAAAAUGAGGGAAAAGUACCCACCAAUCACUUGUUUGUCUGAACAGCUUCACAGAAUUGUGAACGGAGAUAGUAAUAUUCAAAAACUAGAUGAUCAGCGGCGCACUAUAGUAUUAGUUAGAUUACCGAAUGAAAUUCAAACUGAAAAAGAAUCUGAUAAAUGUUGGACUUUGAUUAAAGAAUUAGGAACUGGUAAAUUCAUAGAUCUUGCUGAAUUUGCACUAGCUGUUUUAUCUCUGCCUCAUUCUAAUGCAAGUUGUGAGAGAGUAUUUAGUAAAAUCAACUGCAUUAAGACUAAAUCUAGAAAUAAGUUAAUAACCAGUACAGUAUCUGCAACUGUUAUAACAAGUGAAUGCUUGAAAAAAAAUAAUUUAAACUGUAUAUGUUUUCAACCGACCAAACUUAUGUUUGAUAGUGUGUCAUAUACAUCUUUAUACCCUUCCUCAGUAACCAAUAAGAAUGAAUUAAAUACUAAUAAGACUAUGAUCAAUAUAAAUGAGGAAGAAGAAAUAUUUUUAUUAGAAGACUAA